UCCACAUUUAACCAACGCUUUCCAGCACACCAGAGAACUACUCAAUAGUACAAAUUUCAAAUUCAAGCCCCUCAAUAAAUAAGAGUAAUAUAUCAAAUUUCAAGUAAAUUUGUUUUCGGUAACUACGAACAAGAUAUGCCUUCUGUAGCCCUUCCCUUAUGCAUCCUCCUACUACUACUACUCGCUGCAGCUUCACCGGUCGUCGGCGAUGAGGAUUCUCAGUCCCCGACGGCGUAUGAGAUUCUUCUGGAAUACGACUUUCCGGUAGGGAUACUUCCGAAGGGCGUAACAAGGUACGAACUCGACAAAACAACGGGCAAUUUCGCCGUUUACUUUAACAAAUCGUGCAGUUUCAGCAUAAGCGGCUAUAAUCUCAAGUAUAUGAGUAAAAUUACUGGUAAAAUCUCUAAGGAUCGACUUGCGAACUUGAAAGGUGUACAGGUGAAAGUACUUUUGUUUUGGAUUAAUAUUGUCGAAGUUACUCGUGACGGCGAUGAUCUCGAUUUCUCCGUCGGUAUUGCUUCUGCUGAUUUUGCAAUUGAUAACUUCUAUGAAUCGCCACAGUGUGGAUGUGGAUUUGAUUGUGUCAAUUCUGGAGAAAACGGCACAGGUAAGUUCGAUUUGAAGCUGCUUAUCACUUCGUCUUGAAUCGUUAACUGAAAAUUUUCAGAAAUCGACUGUAGAUUAAGAUGUUUUAGGAUGAAAAUUAAGAUAAAAUGUAUGGUCCAUUUUGGAAUUAGGGUAAGUUCGUAUUUUCAGAAUCCCACGGAACUGGAAGCAUAUGGUUUUUUAUGCUCCUUUGGAAUGAAUAUGUAUUUUGUCAUAUAUCUUUUGUGGAGUUUCAUCUAUGUAGUAGUAGUGCUACUUUUUCUACUUGUGGAGUUUGAAAUAAAAAUUUCUGUUUAGCAUA